AGCCGUAAGAGGCCCGAAAGCGGAUGAAAAGACGGUAGGUUGUUUGGGCCUUGUAGUGAACAAAGGCCAUGCAAGGACGCCGUUCUGCAGGUGUCACUUUGAUCGCCCUGCUUCUGGUCUUUUGCCUUCAAGGUGCCUGGCUUUUCAUUUCACCAACAAGAAGUCGAAGUCUUGUUCGAAGAACUGCAGAGGGCAAAGCCUCACCACCUCGAGAUCUGGAACCACAGCUUAGUCCUGAUGACACCUAUCAAAUGCCAAGGACUCCGGAAGAUGAGAAAGACAUGAACUUCUGGAGGAGCGACUUUGAUGAUUUGCCUGCAGAGGAAAAGCUGCAGAGCCCCUUAGUGAUCCUUGGCUUUGCCCUCCUCCUUCUGCCCUUUGUUGGCGGCGUUUACUAUUUGGCGACGGGUGGAGGAUUAGAUGAAUGAGAUGCUGAAGUUUGGCUACGCCUUUCGUUUGCUGAACAUCCUUCCGUAUUGCUGGAUGUUUGAAAUGCCUACGGUGCGAUUGAGGUAGAGCUGCCAUAGACGUAGCUCUCAGGCCAUUUUCUCUUGGAUUGCACAGGCCGAGUGAUAUUCAUGUGCGCCAAGAUAUAGCACAUAAUUUUCGAAUGAUUUCGAGUGACGUUGUCAUCCCCAAAGCGCUGCAUUUGACAGUGUUCCUGCUUUGAAUGCGACAA